AAUGUGCUGUGCAAUAUUUGACUUAUCAGAGACUGCUAACAUGGUGCUUUAUGCUGCUAGGUUAACCCAGUUUGUGCAGACUUCGGAAUAAGGCUCUCUUGCCAUCUUGUUCUUACUGAAAAGCAUCCCAUGAAUGCAAGGUGAUCGGUGGCAGCAAAUGAUCUUCAGUAGCCUGCUAGUCUCCCUCCUUUUACUUACACCUUCUGCGGGUAGUUCUGUACCCACAGCCAGUCAUCUUUCUAAAACAGAAGUCUGAUUCUAUCACUUGACUGCCAUUUAACAGCCUCUGGAGUCUUGCUGUUAAACCUAAAAUAACCCCCAGACUUUUGUUGUGGUUUGCAAAGCCCCCUUGCACCUUUCUGUUCAUCUGUCCCUCUCCCUCCUGCUCCCGUAAAAGCCAAGGUGGUCUCUCGCUGUUCCUGGCAGCUGGCAUGUGCCCUCAGGACCUUUGCACUUGCGCUGCUCUCUGCUGGACUGCUUUUCCUCCGCACCUGUGCGGCCACCCUCCUUUCCUUCUUCACGUCUCCUUAUUGCUCACUUCCUCGGAGCAUCUUUUUCUAAUGUGCUCACCCUUCCUUCCAUCAGCUGUGUCUCCUGAGCUUGCCUUCAUUUCCCUCAUAACAGUUCUUUCCUAACAAUGUGUGUGUAUUUGGUUUUCUUGUUGGUCUGUCUCAUCUUUCUGAGAAUGGGCCCCCUGAGGUCAGGGCCUUUACUUGACUUAUUCACUGCUGUAUCCCCAGCAUCUAAAAGGCACUCACUGGGUACCCAGGAAUGAAUGAACGAAUCAGAUUUUCUUGCUACUCCACAGAUGAAUCAAAAAUGUAGAAAUAAGUUGGAUGAUGGGGCUAGUGAAAAAGCUUGGGCUUGGAACUCAGUCUUGGGCAAGUGGCCUAAGGACAGACACUGGUACCUUGUUUUUCUGAAAAGAACCGAUCAUGUCGGAAUGACAGGAAGCUCUCUGUGCACACGGCCGUCUGUGGGAGCUUUGAAGACAAUAAAAUAGUCUUCGUUCUACCGGGGAGCUCCUCUGCGUCGGGCGAUGGUGAAAAAUGUUUCGGAAAGGCAAAAAACGGCACAGUAGCAGCAGUUCCCAGAGCAGUGAAAUCAGUACUAAGAGCAAGUCUGUAGACUCCAGCCUUGGGGGGCUCUCACGAUCCAGCACUGUGGCCAGCCUCGAUACAGAUUCCACCAAAAGCUCAGGACAAAGCAAUAACACUUCAGAUACCUGUGCAGAAUUUCGAAUAAAAUAUGUUGGUGCCAUUGAGAAACUGAAAUUCUCUGAAGGGAAAAGUCUUGAAGGGCCCCUAGACCUGAUAAAUUAUAUAGAUGUUGCCCAGCAAGAUGGAAAGUUGCCUUUCGUUCCUCUGGAGGAAGAAUUUAUUAUGGGAGUUUCCAAGUAUGGUAUAAAAGUGUCAACAUCAGAUCAGUAUGAUGUCCUGCAUCGGCACGCUCUGUAUUUAAUCAUCCGGAUGGUGUGUUACGAUGAUGGUCUGGGGGCAGGAAGAAGCUUGCUGGCUCUGAAGACCACAGAUGCCAGCAAUGAGGAAUACAGCCUCUGGGUUUAUCAGUGCCACAGCCUGGAGCAAGCACAAGCCAUCUGCAAAGUUUUAUCCACCGCUUUUGACUCCGUAUUAACAUCUGAGAAAUCCUGAAUUCUGCAAUCAAGUGGAAGCUGACUUCGUGUGGGAGUUCGGCGGCUUUCAGUCUGCAGGGUUGAGCUGUUAUGGGAGUAGGAAGUGGUGAAAGCGAAGAAAUGCGGUGUGUAACAUACUGAUCAUUUGCUUUUCUAUUAAAAUGUGUCUUAUUACGGUGAGUUAACUCUCAACGAGGUUGUCCGCUUUCUGCGACUAAAAAAGAAACCUCCCCUCUCGCUUUUAAACACAAAUGAGCUUAACACCUAAGCGUCACAGAAGUGCCCUCAGUGAGUGGCGAGCACGGAGCGCUUUCCACGGAGGUCACGUACCGUCCCCGGGGCGGCACGUGGGCCCCCCCGCCGGCUGGGAGCGCCGGUCACCUGGUCUGGAACAGCGACGCAGCGCUGCCAGCUCACGACACAAAAAGUAAGGCCGUGAAGGUGCACCGUCAGGAGGACGUGCUCGGAAACCAAAGCAUCGACCUCGGCGUUCCCAGACCAGAGAUCACCGCGCGUGUUAAACAGCACAGAAAGAAUCUCAUGUACAGGAGGCUGGUGGGUUUUUCUAAAGGACCGUUUUAAUAUGCAAUGCUUAAAGGAUUAAAAACAUUAAAAAUAACACUAUGUCCAUUUACAGGUGUUUUAUUUUUUUCCAGUCAAAUGACUAGUUCGCGGGAAGAGCCAACUUACUGAACAUGCUCUAAUUAUAAAUCACUGCAUUAAGGACAACGAAAAUAAGAAUCGAUUUAGGUUAUACAAUAUAUACAGUUGCGCUGCAACCAGAUCAGAGCAAUCAAGCGAAUGAACGGAGUAUCAUUGUCUCGAGUAGCGUUCCGAGCUGCAGGCCACACCAUCCACCCCUCAGCAGACCACACGGGAGCUGGGAGUCUGUGCACGUGUGGGGCCUCAUCCCUCGAAGUCGCGUCUGAUGGAAAACGGCACACGACAUGCCAGCGUCCCGCAGCUACGUUCGUGAAGCGUCAACUUCAAAUAUAAAUAGAUAUCUACAGUGUUUUCCUUUCUCUCAGGUUGUUUUUUGAUUUGCAAAGAGCAAAGAACUAGGAAAGGAUGUUAGCAGGGAAGGUACUAGAAUUUCUCCUCUGGCAAGAGUAAUGUUAACGACUGCACAAUAGCACCACCAAAUUGCCGAGUGGAAAAAAUAUUUCCUAGAUAUUUCUGUACCAGUGAACCUGAUAGAUUAGUUUGGGACUGGUGUCUGAAUGUCAGUGAGAAUCAACUUUAAUUCCUUAUAAAGCUGGCACCAAGUAGUCAAAAGGCUGAUUAUAAGACACGAAUGCAAAAGGACUGUGUUAAAAUAUACAUAAGAAGUGCACUGUGCAAAAUAUACCUGUUUACUUUCUUAAAUCUAUGAGGGAAGUAACCAAAUGAAGGGUUCAAACGACAGAAAUGAGCAAUUAGUGAAAAUACAUGUAGUGCUUUAAAAACAAAACAAAACCAAAAACCAAAAAAAAAAAAAAAAAACCACCGAAAA